GAAAAACCCAAAGAAAUUUUCUCACUAUAAAGCCCGUUGCUAAACCCGCCUCCAGCAUUGUAUCUUAAGAAAUGGCUUCCGUUUGCCGAUCACUUCUCACGGCGGCGGCUUCCAGGUCCAUGGCCGGCCGCACCAGAACAUUGGCUCAUAAAACCCUAAAUCCAUUGCUUGUUUCUUCUUCCUCCAGAGGCUUUUCUUCCGUUUCCAGGAUUGUUUCUUCUUUGGCUACUGUGGAGUCUCUGAUGCCACUCCAUAGCGCCGUUGCGUCAGCUCGGUUGAAGUCCAAAAUUGCCGUCGACUCGCAUUGCUGGUGCUGGCUUUCUGAAGGAUUUGUGACACCUUUGUGACACAACAGUUGGUGAAGACGAAUUGUAAUUGAUAAUACAGCUAAAUGACUGGUAGCUGAAACAACCCUCCGUAGGACUUGUGAGGUUUUUCCAUCUUUCCUACUUAUCUUUGUAAGAUACCUUUAUCACAAGGAAGAAUCAUUUAGACAACUGUUUUUUAGUUUUGAUCAUUGUAUAAUGCAAUGCGGCCACAUUUUCUGGAUAUGCAGAGAGCUAUUGUUUUAAGCCUCAGAAUACAAACCUUGAGAGGUUAGAUUUUUGUUAGGCAUCUCUCUGUUGCUCGUGACUUUGUUCAAUAACGUGCAAUUGAUUUUCAAUAUUCUCUAAA